AUGGGCCUCCCACGACGAGACAUCGAAUUUCGAGCGUGUGAUGGCAUCACACUACGUGGCUGGCUGUACCCCCAACCGGAGACCUCGCCAUGCAUCAUCAUGACCCACGGUCUUGGUGGAACCCGCCACUUCCUGCUGCCGAACUUUGCGUCAGCUUUCCACGAUGCAGGGUACGUAGUACUGUUGUAUGACAACCGUAAUUGGGGAGAUAGCGGUGGUCUGCCUCGGCAGGAGUCCAACCCUCCGUUACAGCAAGCAGACUACUACGACGCAUUCAACUUUGCAGCCACUAUUCCUUGUGUCGACAAGGAUAAGAUUGUAUACUGGGGUAGCAGCUUCUCUGGUGGGAAUGUCAUCUAUGCUGCAGCAAUCGAUAAGCGGAUCAAAGCUGCUAUCAUCCAGUGCCCCGCUGUUUCAGGCGAGGUCAGAUCACUCGCAUUCAAAGAUCGUAUCCCAACUUUGCUGGAGGACCGGCGUCAGAUUACCUCUGGAUUAGACCCACCAACCGUGCCGCUGAUUGCUGCUGAUCGAGAGUCUUCGGAUCCAGCUACAACAAACGCCAUGUUCCCCACCAAGGACGCCUACGAUCUAAUGAGCCUCCAAAAGACCUGUGGAAGCCGCUGGGAGAACUACAUCACCUCGCAGACCCAACUGCACAUGCUCAGCUUUGAGGGCCAGUCUAUGAUUCAUAGAGUCUCCCCAACACCACUUUUGUUUGUUGUUCCCGGCAACGAUGUCUUGGUACGAACGGCAUCCCAAAUGGAUGCCUUCAACAAGGCGCGAGAACCUAAACAACUACUCUACCUGGAUGGAUGUGGGCAUUUUGAUCUUUAUACAGGAGACUAUUUUAAGGAAAACAUAAAGGUACAAAUUGACUUUCUUGACCGUUAUGUUAAGUAA